UACUGGGCCCGCCGUGGCGUCAUUCGAGGUGAAAGGUAGAGGGGUCGGAGGAAAGGAGUAGCCGGGUGGUUGGUGAUCGUUACCGUUAGAGUGGACCUUACCGCACACCGGCGGGGAUCCGCCUUCCCGCGCCUCGCUCAGAAUGGCGUUGGAAGCCGCGCUGGCGGCGGUUCGAGGGCGGGAAGAGGCUGAGCGGGUCCUGAGCCGGUUCAAUGAGCAGAAUAGGGGUACCUUCAAAUUUGAGCCUUCUGAUGAAGAGAAAAGAAAGCAAUUAUGUGAAGAGAUAUUACAUCUUCUGGACAAAGAUAUAAAAACAUCAUGUAGAGUCACCUGCCUGGAAGCUCUUCGUAUUCUUUCAAGAGACAAGAAAGUUUUAGUACCUGUAACAACUAAGGAAAACAUGCAGAUACUGAUGAAGCUGGCGAAGUUGGAUUCUCUGGAGGAUUCACUGGAGGAUGUGACUGACUUCCCUGUCAUAGUGGAAACUUUAAAAUGCCUCUGUAACAUUGUUUUUAACAGUCCAGCUGCUCAAAAACUCAGUCUGGAACUGAACUUGGCAGCUAUGCUUUGCAAUCUACUGAAAAAGUGCAAGGACCAACAAUUUGUUGAAGACAUAAAAUGCUUUGAUUUACGGCUCCUCUUCCUACUUUCCCUUCUGCAUACAGAUAUUAGAUCACAGUUGCGUUAUGAUCUUCAGGGAUUGCCACUGUUGACUCAGGCCUUGGAAAGUGCUUUUAGCAUAAGAUGGACAGAUAAAUACAUCACAGCGGAAGAUGAAAUGUCACCCCUGUCACUGCAAGAGACAGAUUGUGCUAUUGAAGCACUGAAAGCCCUCUUUAAUGUAACUCUUGACAGUUGGAAUGUACACAGUGAGAAUGAUUCCCAUGAAUUUCGUUAUAUGGCUGCCAUUCUGCGUCACUGCUUAUUAACACUGGGCCCUACUGAAGACAAAACUGAAGAGCUGCACAGCAAUGCAAUCAACCUUUUAAGUAACAUUCCAGCUUCUUGUUUGGAUGUCCUCAUCAGUCCAUCAACUCAAGAAGGUACAGAAGAAGAAACUGAUAUAAAAUACAAUGGCAUGAAUAUGGAUGCAAUACAGGUGAUGCUAAAGUUUAUGGAGAAAAGAAUUGACAAGGGGAGUAGCUAUCGGGAAGGCCUCACUCCAGUUCUCAGUUUACUAACAAGAUGCUGUCGUUCCCAUCGGAAUAUAAGGAAGUUUAUCAAAGCUCAGGUGUUGCCCCCUUUGAGAGAUGUAUCCAAUCGCCCUGAAGUUGGCACAACGCUGAGAAACAAGCUUGUGCGUCUUAUGACUCAUGUUGAUCUAGGAGUGAAGCAAAUUGCAGCAGAAUUUCUUUUUGUUCUGUGCAAGGAGAGAGUUGACAACUUACUGAAGUACACUGGCUAUGGCAAUGCAGCAGGACUGCUAGCAGCGAGAGGACUGUUAGCUGGAGGAAGAGGGGAGAACUGGUAUUCGGAUGAUGAAGAUACAGACACUGAAGAAUACAAAUCUGCAAAACCAAACAUUAACCUUAUCACAGGUCAUUUAGAAGAGCCGAUGCCCAACCCUAUGGAUGAAAUGACUGAAGAACAAAAAGAAUAUGAAGCCAUGAAACUUGUCAAUAUGUUUGAUAAGCUUUCCAGAGACCAGGUGAUAACACCUAUGGGAGUGCGACCAGAUGGCACACUGACUCCUUUAGAAGAAGCAGUUUCUCAGUACCAAGCCAAUGAACAAGAUAGUUCGGACUCUUAGAGCAUUGACUGCUUUACCUUUCCUUAUGUUCACAGCAUCUUUUAUUAUCUAAAUAAUAGACACUUGGUCCCUCUUAGCCCAGUGGUACAGCAACUAUUUUAUCAACCAGAAUGUUCCAAUUAUUAAUUCUGUGGUGUAAUAUUAGCAUUUCUAAGGCCUCAGUUUAUAUAGCAAAACCAAUCCAAUUUAUUAACUUAAAACUACCUGUAUUUCAAUGGUAUGAAAAGUGUGAUGUGGAAUUAAAAUAUUAAAUGUUAAUGUU